AUGCCGUCUGAUUCGCCCACCUUGGUCACGACAAACUCUAUAUCGAAAGGUGAUCAACCCGACAGUAUCGAGCGGGCCACGACAGCCUCGACUUUCGAGCAGAAUGGUGGUGUGAGCCAGCGCGCAAAGUUCCCGCCCAGCCAGGCUCAGGAGGGUGUGGGCUCUGACGUCCAGAUGCACGAGUAUCGAAACGGUUACCACUUCCCGCCCAAAUAUUCGGUCAAGGAGAACAUCAAACAAGGCUUGGUCUCCUGGUGGGAAUUUUACAACACGGGCUUUGGGUUCUUCCUCACACUCUACUCGCUCAAUGUUAUUGCCUGGGGUGGCAUGCUCUUCCUGCUGCUCUGCAAUGCUGCACCAGCAAUGUGUAUAGUCGACGGUCACAGCGACUGCAACCACAUCGACUCGCCACGCCGAAUAUGGAUAGAGACAGAUUCACAGAUACUGAACGCCUUGUUUUGUGUGACUGGUUUCGGUCUGGCGCCGUGGCGGUUCCGCGAUUUGUACUAUUUGCUCAAAUAUCGUAUUCGCAAGGAUCAGGAAGCUCUGCGGACACUCGCAGGAGUUCAUCGUGGCUGGUUUCGUCUGGCAGGCUCCGAGCAGUUACCUGUGCAUCUCGGACCCAAGAACAUCGAAGACAUGGACCCCAGAGCCUACAACGUCGACAGUGUGGCGUAUCCCUUGGACACGAUUUCGGAUGCCCCGCCUACGGGCAUUCGUGCGCCGCCGACCAAGAUGUGGAAGAUGGACUUUGUCGUUUAUUUCAAUGUCGCCAACACUUUACUCCAGGUCUGUCUAUCGACCUUCAUGUGGGCCCUCAACAGAUAUGAUAGACCCAGCUGGUCUACUGGUCUGUUCGUCUGCCUUGCAUGUAUUGCCGCUGCCAUUGGCGGUAUUCUGAUGGGAGUAGAGGGCAAACACGUCAAGGCUAUCGAGGGCGUUCCGCUUUCCAAGAGGGACUACCAACGUUUGACGCGUGAUGAGGAGCGCGGAAUACCGCAUUACAACAACAUUAAGGACAAAGAUCCCGAGGAGGAGAGAAAGAAGGAGGCUGACAAGAAGGCGAAGAAGCAAGGUGGCUUGUUUGGGCGAUCCGAGAAGCAUCAUGUUGGUACGGACAAUUGA